UAAAACUAAAUCUCACCAAUCAGCUGAGUGAGAUUAACCCUGACAGGGGGAAGCUGUUAACACCAUUCCACCUCGGACCGUAACUCCUGAUUUUGGCAAUCCCGCUAGAUAUUUGUUUAGGACACGGACGAGCCCGGAACUGCCAUCUGCACCAGGCAAUGUUAUUAGUGCUGUGCAGCAAAUCUCAAUAAGGGCCUUGCCAUUUUGGUUGAAAGUCAUUUUGGUUCUGCCUCCUACAACAAUGUUUUUAUUACUGAAUAAAGAGAAGCUACUGACUUUAGAAAAAGCUUUGCGCAAUUAUCUGCCAGCUGCAAUAAAGACUUACGGAACUGUUCUAAACAUCAAUAGAGGCAAGAUAUCUGAUCUGGAAGUUGUUGUUGACUCUUGGCCUGACUUCAGCACUGUAUUAUGUCAACCAUGUGAAAAGGAAAAAACAUCCAAUCUCACUGACCGUACAAUUACAGUGUUUUCCAAAGAUCAGGGUAGUUUGUGCAAUCUUCUAAUGGAUGACAAUGUUGUCAACUGGGCAACCUGUUUCGUGCUUGGAGGGAUUGAUAUAAGUUUUCUUGAACUGGUGAAGGAUGUUGCAGCUUGCAAAAAAUUCACAGUCGGCAUUUCAAACCGUGUCUUUGCAAUGAUACUCGAAGAUCCAAAGGACUUGCAUGACAUCACCCCAGAAAGGAAGGAAGGGAGAAAGGGGGAAGAAGUGAAUCAAAAUGGUGAACAAUCCUUCAACAUUCAUGUACUCCUGCUAGCAACAGGGGCUGAUGUUGCUUCAAGAAUAAGCCAUCUACUCCCAUCACAUGCACAGAUCGUUAACAGAAAUUGGAAGUUUGGAAAGGAUGAAAAUGGUCUCAGAUUUGUGAAAACUAUCAUAGCAAAUUUCCCCAGCUAUUGUAUCCUGGAUGAAACUGGUAAUCCUGUCUCCUGGCUACUGACCUACCAAUACUGUGCAAUGGGAUUACUGUACACUCUACCAGAGCAUCGCAGGAAGGGCUAUGCCAAACUACUGGUGACCAAAAUGGUGAAAACUCUGCAGAAGCUUGGAUAUCCUAUUUAUUGCUUCAUUGAAGAGGAAAAUGGAAAGUCAUACCAAUUAUUUGAGAAGCUUGGUUUUAAGAAAGCCCCUGACAUUUGCUUUUCAUGGCCAUUGUGCAGACCUAUUGAAAAGUAACCUUUAGAGCAGGUUACCUGGUGGAAUUUUUUUUUGCUUCAGCCUUCUGUGUCACUUACUUUCCGAAUAUUGCUGCACCAAAAAUAUUAAGGUUUUCUGGUUGUGGUGUACAGUUGUGUAAGCCAAAUGUAUUGAGUAGAAUGGAAUCCUCUGCAAUUUCUGAUACUAAUUUUGUGCUAAACACAAAUUUUGUGCGUUAAUAAACACACGUUUACCAUA